CCAUUAAAACAAAACCUAAACAACUAUGUCUAUAUAACAACGUAUUGAGUAUGACAAAAAAAGUGACAAGAGGACAAAUACCUGGUAUGAUUAUUACUGAUGGUGACCCUGCUAUAAAACGUGCAAUCACGAUUGAAUACCCAAUAACAAGAGGAUUUAUGGUGACAAUGUUCACUUUGGAGAUUGAAACAACUUCAUUUGUUGAGAAUGAAAACGUAUGCAUUAAAUACCUUCUUGAAAGCAGUAAUAUGUCUUUUUAUGAUCUUAGGAAAGUCUUUAUGAAUUGCGUCGAAGAUAAAGCAAGUGAGAAACAAUAUGAAGAAUUAAUUAGCAUUAGUGUUCUUUUGACUAUAAAUUGUGUAACAAUUUUUUUAGCAAUAGAAUCAAUUGGUACAUAUUAUCUGCGUCUGAAAGUUGCACAAUAUAUAAUUGGUCAAAUGAAGAAAUGUGUAUACUACACAGCAUACCUAUCUAAUAUCGAAGAAAUUGAACAUAUAACUACAGAUAAACCAUCUGAAAGUAAAAGGUUUGAAGAUGAACUGGAAGCAGCAUGGUUUAGUAUGAAGUUAAUCAAUAUUCACUGGAUUCCUCAAAGCAAACGUAGUGAUGCUCUAAAUGAAUAUGAGUGUUUUGAGCAACGUUUUAGUGAUAAUAAGCAAGUAAAUUAUUUUGAAUUGCCCUUUUCAACUUAUAAUAUAGAUGUGCAAGAUAAUUUUGAUAAUCAAUUCGUAAAAGAACAGCUCUUUUAUAGAAAGAUUUGGAGUUUAGUAUGUACUGCAACUGAUAAGUGUUUACUAUAUCAGGAUUAUGGAUUUAUUCAAGUAGUUGAAAAUUAUUUGGAUGAAGUGUGUAAACAUAAAGAAGAACUUACACAAGCAAGUGCAAUCAACUUAAAUGAUUCUAAUAAAGAGAAUACAUAUUCAAGUAUUCAGCUUAGAAAUCUAUUAAAGGUGAUUAUUAAAGGCUAA